UACAUUUCCUGCUUCCUACAUGCAAGUAGGAACAACGAAAUAUCAAUAUAUAUUGUCAACACGUUUUAAUACAAAAUCAGCAAAACAGAGGGAAUCAAAACUGUUGAGACGAAAAUGGAUAGAAACUGUCAUCCUUUACUGAGAGGAGGGAGAAGAGAAACAAAGUACAGUCAUGGGCUUUCCUCGUCAGAAAUGGAGGCUCUAAGCAGUGUUUGUGAAACCCUUUUGCCUCCUCUGCCUUUGAAUUCUCUUAAAAUUCCAGAAAGGAGUGAUCUUGAUGGAGCCCAAUCCGCCAUUGAUGAAUUCUCUAAAGCUUCUGGCGCUCAGUACCCUAUUCCAGAUGAGGUGGCAGAGAUGGCUAUGAAAAGGGGGUUCCUGGAAGCUGUGAUUUUGUUGAGAGGGUUGUUGAUGUUCCUUUCAACCAGAUUAGGGACCUUUCUGAUUUGUGGGUUCCUCUGUGUUGAUAGCAAAUGGCCUUUCAUUAACAAAUUCUCUCACAUUCCUCUGGAGAAGAGAGUGUCAGUGAUUCAGGGAUGGCUGAAAAGCAGCUUUCUUACCCCUGUCAGAUUGGCUUUUGUGUUCCUCAAAUUCUUGUGUCUUUAUGUCUUCUUCACCCGGGUGGGUGAAGACUCAAAGAAUCCAGCAUGGGAAGCCAUGGGAUACCAAGUGGAUAACUAUGCUGAGAACUUGUCUCAGAAGAAAUCAGAGGAAGAAAGACCUCUUCAGAUGGGGAUAGUGGAAACUGAAAACGAAAACGAAUCAACUUUGGUCAAUUCUCUUCUCCAAAAAGGACUAAAAGCGACAAAAGAUCCCAUACAAAAUCACAUAAAUAUCGAGUGUGAUGUUGUAAUCGUUGGCUCGGGCUGUGGUGGGGCAGUGGCUGCAGCCAUUCUUGCAGGCUCAGGCCAGAAAGUGUUAGUUCUUGAAAAAGGAAACUAUUUUACCAAAUCUGAUUAUUCAUCUCUGGAAGGCCCCUCAUUGAACGAGUUAUAUGAAAAUGGAGGGAUCCUCUCAACCAUUGACGGAAAGGUGGUGGUUAUGGCAGGUUCAACCGUGGGCGGUGGCUCUGCCGUUAACUGGUCAGCCUGCAUUAAAACCCCCAUCUCGACAAUCCAAGAAUGGUCCAAGAAUCACAAAAUCUCACUCUUUUCAAGCCCCGAGUACAAUUCUGCCAUGGAUAAAGUUUGUGAAAGAAUCGGCGUAACGGAGGGUUGUUCUAAUGAAGGAUUCCAGAACAAGAUUCUCAGGAAAGGGUGUGAGAACCUCAGUCUCGAAGUCGAACUCGUCCCACGAAACUCUUCCCCAAGUCACGAUUGUGGGUCCUGCUGUUAUGGUUGUAGAAGGGGGGACAAGAAGGGCACUGAUGUCAAUUGGCUAGUUGAUGCCGUGAAAUGUGGGGCCGUGAUCUUAACAGGCUGCAAAGCCCAGAGGUUUUUACUUCAAAAGAGCGGGAAAACACGGGACAAGAAGUGUAUGGGAGUGAUAGCAACUACCGUGAACAGUGCAAAGACGAUAUGCAUCAAGGCUAAGGUCACUAUCUCGGCAGGUGGGUCACUUAGAACGCCUCCCCUUAUGCUCACAAGUGGAUUAACAAACCCGAACAUAGGACGGAAUCUCCACCUCCACCCGGUUUUAAUGGCGUGGGGGUACUUCCCGGAGUCCAAUACAGAGGUCAAGGGGAAAAACUACGAGGGAGGGAUAAUUACGUCUGUGCAUAAAGUUGGAAAUGGUGAAUCUAAUGUGCGAGCCAUCAUAGAAGCUCCCAUCCUAGGGCCAGGGUCGUUUGCCACACUUCUCCCGUGGAAGUCUGGUUUGGACAUAAAGGAAACAAUGCUCAAGUAUUCAAGAACUGCACAUUUGUUCGCAAUGGUCAAAGACAAAGGGACCGGAGAAGUGAGAUCUGAAGGAAGGAUAAGCUACACAUUUGAUGCGUUGGAUAAGGAAAAUCUAACGGUUGGGAUACGCCAAACAUUGAGGAUUUUAAUAGCAGCAGGAGC